AGCCCCGCCCUCCACGCGGAGCACGCGGCAACUCCAACAGCAACAAGUUGGGGGCUGCUGCUGCUGCUGCCGUGGAGGAAUUCACGGUGGUGGUGCUGGGGCGGGUCCCCUUUUCUCUACCGAGACCCCUGAGCCACGCACCCCUUCGUCGCCGCUCCUCUUACCUCGAGUGCCACCCCGAGCGGCGGCGACCCCCGAGGGAGGAGCGGACACCCCUCACCCCGUCCCAAUCACCCCUCACCCCGUCCCAAUCACCCCGUGAAUACGUCUCGAGACAGCGAGGGGGACGCUCGCCGCGCGCCCGUGGCUACCAUGCUGCCUCUGCUGGCCGCCGUGGUGGUGGGGGGCGCCCUGCUGGUGCUCCUGCUGUCGGGGUACGCCCCGAGCCGCGUGUUGUCCGCCUGCACGGACACGCUGUACGAGACGCGGCAGCUGUUCCGCACGCUCCGGAUGGCCGCGCGCCUCGCCGGCUACGCGCGGCGUCGGCCGACCUUCACCAUCGUGCAGCGGCUGCUGCAGCAGGCGCGGGAGCGGCCGCGGCGGCCCUUCGUCGUCUGCGACGGCCACGCCACGCUCACGUACGAGGCCGCCGAGCGGGAGAGCCGCCGGCUCGCGUGGCUGUUGAAGCGGCGCGCCGGGCUCGUGGCGGGCAGCACCGUGGCGCUGCUGGUGGGGAACGAGCCGCUGUUCGUGCUCGCGUGGAUGGCCCUGGCCCGGAUCGGCUGCACCGCCGCCUUCCUCAACCACAACCUCCGCGCGCGCUCCCUGCUGCACUGCCUCUCGUGCAGCGGGGCCACCACGCUGCUCGCCGGGCACGACAUGGCGGAGCUGCUGGAGCAGGUCCUGCCGGACGCGCGCAGUAGCGGCGUCACCGCCUGGUUCCUCGGCUCCUCCUCCCCGCUGCCCGGGGUGGGGGCCCUGGAAGGACCUGACGACGCGAUGAGGGGCCCGGACCCCAAUGGGGAAGCCGACGGAGGGGACCCCCUGCCUCCACUGCCGGAGGACAGCUGUGAGGACGUGAAGAUGGACUCCAGCUUCGUGUACAUCUACACGUCUGGGACCACGGGUCUCCCGAAGGCGGCGAUUGUGAACCAAUUACGGUUCUGGCGCGGCGCGAUGCUGCUGGAGGCAUGUGGUGUGACGGAGCACGACGUUGUGUACUCGCCUCUGCCGCUCUACCACAGCGCCGCGUCGCUCAUCGGCAUCGGAGGCUGCAUCAACCUGGGCGCCACGCUGGUGCUGCGGAAGAAGUUCUCUGCAAGCCACUUCUGGAGCGACUGCCGCAAGCAUGAUGUCACCGUGGUGCAGUAUAUUGGGGAGUUGCUGCGCUACCUCUGUAACCAGCCCAAGCGCCCCGGCGAGUCUGAGCACGGUGUGCGCAUGGCCGUGGGGAACGGGCUGCGCCAGGACGUGUGGCAGGACUUCUUGGAUCGCUUUGGUCCGAUCCGUGUGUGCGAGUUCUACGCGGCCACCGAGGGCAACAUCGGCCUCCUUAACCACCGCGGCAAACCGGGGGCCAUUGGCUACAUCGGCUUGCUGUCCAAGAUCAUGUUCCCAUUGGCGGUGUUGCGUUACGACAUGGAGAAGGAGGAGCCGUGGCGGGGCCCGGAGGGGUGGUGCGAGCGGGUGCGGCCCGGCGAGGUGGGCCUGCUGGUGGGAUACGUGACGCCGCGAUCGCCGUUCUCGGGCUACGCGGGGAACCGUUCGCAAUCCGAGCGGAAGCUCCUGCACGGAGUGUUCCGCCGUGGUGACGUCUACUUCAACACGGGUGACCUGAUCCGCGUGGAGCACGACGGAUACGUCUACUUCAGCGACCGCACGGGAGAUACGUUCAGGUGGAAGGGAGAGAAUGUGGCGACGCUUGAGGUCGCCGACGUGCUCAGCCUGACAGAGCAAGUCGCCGAGGUCAACGUGUACGGGGUCACCGUGCCAGGCCAUGAGGGCCGCGUGGGGAUGGCGGCACUGGUCUUGCGCGAUGGCCGCUCCUCGCUGGACGGGGCGGCGCUCGCUCGCCACGUGGUGCUCCACCUCCCCACCUAUGCUCGUCCUCGCUUCCUGCGCAUCCAGGAGGAGCUGGAGAUGACGGGCACGAUGAAGCAGCGCAAGGUGCGGCUGGUGUCUGAGGGGUUCGACCCCGGGUCGAUGCACGACCCCCUCUACGUGCUGGACGAUGCGGAGGGGGCGUAUGUGCCGCUCACCUCCUCGCUGUACCACAAACUCGUCACAGGCGCCGUCAAGUUGUGACGCACGUGCCAGCACACACACACGCAGACAGACUAAACACACGCAGACACAAAGACAAAGGUCUCCCGGGGCAAGUGCUGUUAUCGAGCACCUAUGAAAGCGAGUUAUGGCACACGGGUAACCUGGAACACGCCCGGUAACCUAUCAUUUAUACACCCCACCAGGUACUGUACUCGUUGAAUGCUGAGCCGGCCUUGGGGCGGCCCAAGACUAGUUCGGAUAUUCACUACUGUUAUUGGAAAUUAACUCCGGUCACCAGGGUUGUUGCGCAGAAUACUAACCACCACACUUCUACUCCUAUUUUCACUACGUAAGGCAAACGCACACACAGACACGUACGCGCUGAUACGGACACACGUGCACACUCACACAAUCGAACUAGCACUCACUCGCUCAUGUUCGUGCAGUCACACACACAGAGAUGGCCACUCUUUGCACACGUAGGCAAUUGGGACCAAGUGCUGCUUGCGAGCACCAAUUUAGGCCCGCGUCGGUAAUUCCACCCAGCAGGUGCCACCAAGCGUGGCUGUUGUCCGUCGCACUGGGUUGAGACCUCCGUUGGUGAGCUACGUUGAUGACCUGAACGUAUUUAACGCUUUUGCAGUGAGCUGGAUGUGAAUGGCACUGGCUUUGAGGGGCUGUGUACAAGCCAGUUUGGCGUGACGAAUGGGGUUCCGAUUGGACGCGGUUUGUGAUGAGUCGGUUUUGUAUGCUAGCUCGGGUGAGCCGGCUUAAUUCGUUGUCACGAAUUAGUUGAGUUCUUAGGGACGACUUUGGUUCAUAGUGACCAGGGCGCUAGGUUUAUAGUCCCUGUGGUUUACGAGCCAGCCUCGUAAUGAGUCCAGUUUCUCAUUAGUCUGGAUUACAGCAGUGGCACUGCUGCCACAGCACUACGGAGCGAGUUUCUUGAAUUCCCCCCCCACUACCCCUGUCCGCCCAGCAGCAGCGUAAAUGAGUUCAUCACAGCUAAGUCGAUCGACAGGUAGCUUGUAGUGGGUUGAAGUGUGGGUACUCUUAUCUCUUUCAAGACGUGUGGUCAGCGUGCAAGAGAAGGCCAAAUAUCCUCCCAUGGGGUUCUCUUUGAGAGUCCCCUCUGUUGGAGGAGGCCCCUUCUGCCAAUAGUGGCAUGAGCGAGAAGUUGCAGGGCUGCACCUGUUAUAAUGAAGCAGGGCUAUAAUUGAUGAGGAUUAUAGACCAGCGUUAUAGUUUGUGGUUCAUAGGCCUGGUGUGUCAAGAGCCAGGCUUACAGGAGGUGGGGUAGUUUAUAAUGAGCCGGGGUUAAGACCCACUUGAGUUUCUCUGCCCAUGGAACAGCAGUAUAGCCAUCGUGAUGCCACGCCACGGUGAUCAGGCAGGGCCUCCUGUCUCCUCCACCGGAGUGUGGGUCAUGGAGACAGACAAUACGACAGGACUAGUCACCACGAGUAGUAGUUCUACACACGAGCAGUAAUUACACACACGAGUAGUAGUUCUACACACGAGCAGUAAUUACACACACGAGCAGUAAUUACACACACGAGUAGUAGUUCUACACACGAGCAGUAAUUACACACACGAGCAGUAAUUACACACACGAGUAGUAGUUCUACACACGAGCAGUAAUUACACACACGAGCAGUAAUUACACACACGAGCAGUAAUUACACACACGAGCAGUAAUUACACACACGAGCAGUAAUUACACACACGAGCAGUAAUUACACACACGAGUAGUAGUUCUACACACGAGCAGUAAUUACACACACGAGCAGUAAUUACACACACGAGUAGUAGUUCUACACACGAGCAGUAAUUACACAGACGAGCAGUAAUUACACACACGAGCAGUAAUUACACACACGAGCAGUAAUUACACACACGAGUAGUAAUUACACACACGAGUAGUAAUUACACACACGAGCAGUAAUUACACACACGAGUAGUAAUUACACACACGAGUAGUAAUUACACACACGAGCAGUAGUUCUACACACGAGCAGUAAUUACACACACGAGCAGUAGUUCUACACACGAGCAGUAAUUACACACACGAGCAGUAAUUACACACACGAGCAGUAGUUCUACACACGAGUAGUAAUUACACACACGAGCAGUAAUUACACACACGAGCAGUAGUUCUACACACGAGUAGUAAUUACACACACGAGUAGUAGUUACACACACGAGCAGUAGUUCUACACACGAGUAGUAAUUACACACACGAGCAGUAAUUACACACACGAGUAGUAGUUCUACACACGAGCAGUGAUUACACACACGAGCAGUAAUUACACACACGAGCAGUAAUUCUACACACGAGUAGUAAUUACACACACGAGCAGUAAUUACACACACGAGCAGUAAUUCUACACACGAGUAGUAAUUACACACACGAGCAGUAAUUCUACACACGAGCAGUAAUUACACACACGAGUAGUAGUUCUACACACGAGCAGUAAUUACACACACGAGCAGUAAUUACACACACGAGCAGUAAUUCUACACACGAGUAGUAAUUACACACACGAGCAGUAAAUCUACACACGAGCAGUAAUUCUACACACGAGCAGUAAUUACACACGAGUAGUAGUUCUACACACGAGCAGUAAUUCUACACACGAGCAGUAAUUACACACACGAGCAGUAAUUACACACACGAGCAGUAAUUCUACACACGAGUAGUAAUUACACACACGAGCAGUAAAUCUACACACGAGCAGUAAUUACACACACGAGUAGUAGUUACACACACGAGCAGUAAUUCUACACACGAGCAGUAAUUACACACACGAGUAGUAGUUACACACACGAGCAGUAAUUACACACACGAGUAGUAGUUACACACACGAGUAGUAGUUCUACACACGAGCAGUAAUUACACACACGAGCAGUAAUUACACACACGAGCAGUAAUUACACACACGAGUAGUAGUUACACACACGAGCAGUAAUUACACACACGAGUAGUAGUUACACACACGAGCAGUAGUUCUACACACGAGUAGUAAUUACACACACGAGCAGUAAUUACACACACGAGUAGUAGUUCUACACACGAGCAGUAAUUACACACACGAGCAGUAAUUACACACACGAGCAGUAAUUACACACACGAGUAGUAGUUACACACACGAGCAGUAAUUACACACACGAGUAGUAGUUACACACACGAGCAGUAGUUCUACACACGAGUAGUAAUUACACACACGAGCAGUAAUUACACACACGAGUAGUAGUUCUACACACGAGCAGUAAUUACACACACGAGUAGUAGUUCUACACACGAGCAGUAAUUACACACACGAGUAGUAGUUCUACACACGAGUAGUAGUUACACACACGAGCAGUAAUUACACACACGAGCAGUAAUUACACACACGAGCAGUAAUUACACACACGAGCAGUAAUUACACACACGAGUAGUAAUUACACACACGAGUAGUAGUUCUACACACGAGUAGUAGUUACACACACGAGCAGUAAUUACACACACGAGUAGUAGUUACACACACGAGCAGUAAUUACACACACGAGCAGUAAUUACACACACGAGUAGUAGUUCUACACACGAGUAGUAAUUACACACACGAGCAGUAAUUACACACACGAGCAGUAAUUACACACACGAGCAGGAAUUCUACACACGAGUAGUAGUUCUACACACGAGCAGUAAUUACGCACAAUAAUCACUGUAAAACAACUGUAAAGGUAGCAGAAAUAAGAUGCCAAUCGCUGCAAUACGAACUGUGGAUGCCAGUCAUGGUACAUGGCAAAGGUUCAACAAUGAUUUUUACCGAUUAUGUUCGGUAUUCACAUCGUUCAUAGAGUGCAGGGCCACCACAGAAGCAUAACCGUGUCUUACAGAUCGGUAGCGUCUUCCAGGAGGGAGUGAGGUUGCUUUGUGACGCUGGCACGCAAUGGCCUGCUCGCUUCAGGUGACGUCACAGGGCUCGGACUGCACGUGGUGUGUUUGGGUGAACACACUGGGCAGCAUUAACGGGGGUGGCCUGCCAGGAUCGGACCGAAAAACCUCUGCACCGACCGGCGAACGCACUGCCACUGGGCCUUGCAUGUGUUGCCUGCGUCAUUACUCUUAUUCGUGUCCGACCUGCAGAAUUCUCUGUCAGAGCCUCAGGUUUACAGAGAAAGCGUUGGGAUUGUUUGUAUCCGCUGUGAAUGUUAUGGGCGAUGUGCAAGGAACAACUGCCGCUGCUGUUUUCACUUUUGUCAGAUUAAUUUUUUAUGAAGACUAAUUUUAACCGUUUUAUAAACGUGCUAUCAUUCUGAUUUUAUGACGCUGCGAGAGACGGAGACUGCGUGAAUAAAUAACACAACGAGGCGAAGAUGA